AUGGUUAAAGUAAGUGAUAAGUCAAUAGGCGAUGAGGACAAAUUUGAGACGAAUUAUGAACAAAGCAAUUUCGAUAAAAUAAUUAGCACAUUACUAUGCAGAAGUGAUAAAGCAAAAGAAAAAUUAGAAGCAAAACCAGUGUCAUUUUUUAGAUUGUUCCGAUAUGCAUCAUUUUCCGAUAAAUUGUUGGUUGGCCUUGCAAUAUUCUUAGCGAUUCUUUCUGGAAUUGGACAACCGAUGGUUGUCGUUAUUGCUGGUCUUUUUACUAAUGUUCUUCUGCUUACGGACCAAUUUAUUGGAAAUGAUGAAUUUUGGUAUGAUGCUUUUGUGUACGUUUAUGUUUAUGCAGCUGUUGGUAUUGCAAUGGCUAUUAUAACAAUUGUUCAGUAUAUUUGUUUCAAAAACGUUUCAUUGAAUGUAGCAAGAAAUAUAAGGAGCAUCUACAUGAAAUCACUGCUCCAUCAAAAUGCUGAAUGGUAUGAUCGUAGAAAAGCUGGAAUGAUUACUUCACAACUUAACGAAAAUAUUGAUAAAAUAAAAGAUGGCAUAGGAGACAAAGUCGGUUUGAUUCUUCGUGGCCUCGUCAUGUUCAUCACGUCACUGGUUGUUGGUUUCAUAUAUGAGUGGAGAAUAACGCUGAUCACGAUUGCGAUGGGCCCACUGUCUGCAGCACUUAUGUCAUUGAUGGCGAGGAUUGUAGAUCGCAUAACAUUUAAACAGAUGGAUGCCAAUGGAAGGUCGACAUCAAUUGUCGAGGAAUGUAUAAUGAAUGUUCGAACAGUUGCUGCAUGUAAUGGCCAACAAAUGAUGUUGGAUAAAUAUUCGGCAUCGUUAGACGUAGCACGAAGAUUCACACUUCGAAUAUGCUCAUAUUUAGGAUUUUUCGAUGGAAUCUUUUUUUUAAUCAUGUACUUAUUCCUCGCUCUAGGAUUUUUGUAA